AUGUUGAACAAACUGGUGCUGUCACUGAUUUUCGGUCUAUUCGCACCGGUAUUUGGGACUCAUGAAUGCGUCGAGCUGAGGGGACAGCUCUCCUGCGAGAACGAUCCCACCCUGCACAAUCACGUUCAGGUGGCCGUUAUGGACUCGGAUGCCUUGUGGGGAAUCGAGGGGCUGAACGACGAUGAUGUGAUGGGAGUCACCUACACCAACGAGAAAGGC